UUGACUGUAAAGUGAUUUUAAAUUGUUCAAUUGUAAUACACUUCAGAUAUGAGUGAUCUAUACUUAGCUUUCUUUCAUAAUCCGUGGAUGUGAUUGUUAGGUUUACUGAGUUAUUGGAGUGCAAUUCAUCUAGACUUGUUUGACUGUCUACAUUAGAAUGAAUUGUAUAGUACCCUGGAAGGGCCUACUUUUGUCAUUUGGAAAGGAUGUAUACAGGAGUAGUUCAGAUAGACAGUUACACUGUAAACCACAAAAAAUAGCUUACUAUAGGAGACUGGACUGAUACUUUAUGACUUACACUUAAUCCUGGUGCCCAUUCAUGGGGUGUAGAGAAAAUGUGGAACACCUGAUGACGUGUGGAUGUUUUCAGUUUAUAUUUCCAGUACAAUGCCCAGGUUAAUGGGAAUCUAAAUCACUAGCUUUCAAGUAUUUCACCAUAAGAAGUGCCUUAAAACUAGGCAAUGGUCAAAGGAUGUGCUUAUUAGGCAGUCUAAGUAUACCUGAAGUUGAUUAAAUAUUUUAGUAUAUUUACACUGGUAUUUGUUCAUUUUUCUUUGAUUACUGUUUUUCAGGGUUUUACAGAGUCCAAAUGGAGUAUGAGAACAACACAGUAGUUAAAGAGUUUGUUCUGUUAGGAUUUUCUCAAACCCACAAGGUCCAGAUGAUUCUCUUCUUCUUCUUCCUGCUGUUCUAUAUGAUAAUUCUCCCAGGCAACGUCCUUAUCAUUCUCACAAUUCAAGGAGAGUCCCAACUGGGAACACCCAUGUAUUUUUUCCUGGCCAAUUUGGCAUUCUUGGACAUCUGUUACUGUUGCGUGACCCCACCUAAAAUGUUGGCUGACUUUUUCUCACACCAGAAGACAAUCUGCUACAAUGCUUGCAUGGCCCAGCUUUUCUUCCUCCACUUCCUGGGAGCAGCUGAAGCUUUCCUGCUCGUGGCCAUGGCCUAUGACCGUUAUGUAGCCAUUUGCAAACCUUUUCACUACACCAGGCUUGUGAACAAGGCAGCGUGCUAUGUCCUGGUUGGAGCUUCAUGGGCCGGGGGCUUCAUCCAUGGCAUCACUCUAUUUGCUCUUACCAUUGCUCUCCCCUUCUGUGGCCCCAACAUCCUGGACAACUUCUUCUGUGAUGUCCAUCAGCUGGUUAAAUUGGCCUGUGCUGAUACUCACAUAGUGGAACUUUUGAUAUUUCUCAACAAUGGAGUUGUCAUUGUCAUGUGUUCUGCACUUCUGCUCAUCUCCUACGCUGUCCUGCUGCUGAAGCUCCGGACACAGCCCUCCAAGGCAAAGAGCAAAAUUGCCUCCACCUGUGUUUCCCACAUCAUUGUGGUUUUUGUCAUGUGUGGCCCAGCUAUGUAUAUCUAUGUCUUACCCUUCCAAGCUGUCCCAAUGGAAAAGGUUGUUGCUCUUUUCCAUACAGUCAUCUUCCCCCUGACUAAUCCCAUAAUCUAUACCCUGUGUAACAAGGAGAUCAGAAGCUCAGUGUGGAAGCUGGUCACCAAAUACAUUCUUACGUGUGGAAAAAUAUAAUAAAGAAACAGUUAAGUAUUUUGAAGUAAAUAAAACUGUUUUUGUUGCUGUUGUUGUUUUGUUUGUUAAUAAAGUUCUCUUAGGAGCAACUCCAUGAUGUACAUUAUGUAAGAGCAUAAUAUAUAAUCAGUAAUCUGUAAGAAAUUUUCUUCCAUCAA